AUGGCAACAUCUUGGCCAAGGCUAGUUGUUACCUUGGCAAUAUGUUUGACAGCCACAAUUGUGGCUGCUGAUGACAAAAAACCGUUCUCUUAUGCAUCUCCACCACCACCACCACCAUACUACUAUAGUUCUCCACCGCCUCUACCCUACUAUUACAAGUCACCACCUUCUCCAUAUUAUUAUAAGUCUCCACCACCUCCUUCACUUCCACCACCACUGCCUUACUAUUAUAAGUCACCAUCUCCUCCAUCUCCUUCACCUCCUUCUCCCUAUAUCCACAAGUCUCCACCACCUCCCUCACCUUCACCUCCUCCUCCCCCUUACAUUUACAAGUCACCACCUCCACCUUCUCCCUCACCUCCUCCACCUUAUAUCUAUAAGUCUCCAUCACCUCCCUCAACUUCACCACCACCGCCUUACUACUACAAGUCACCUCUACCACCAUCUCCUUCACCUCCUCCUCCUUACAUCUACAAGUCACCGCCUCCACCUUCUCCCUCGCCUCCUCCACCUUAUAUCUAUAAGUCUCCACCACCUCCAUCACCAUUACCACCACCUCCAUAUAUUUACAAGUCACCUCCACCUCCCUCUCUUUCUCCACCCCCACCAUAUUAUUAUAAAUCACCACCACCACCAUCGCCAUCACCUCCGCCUCCUUACUACUACUAG